CAGCUUAAAAGCGACAACAUGUCCAAGCGUGAGGCUUUCUUGGAAUCCGUUUGUAAGGAAAAUGUGGACGAUUUCCUUCAGUUCGUCCAACUUCACAAAGUCAGAACGGAUCCUUUUGACGUGGAGGAAGUGAUGCAAGAAUUGUCAAGGGAUCAGCGUGAGGGUCUGUGGGGAAAACUGGCCUCUCUCCUUCAGGUGGUCCUCCUGGAGGUGCCACCAGAACAGUGGGAGGAUGCUAUGGAUGUAGAGUCUAAAUGCGUCAUGGCCGUCGUUGCUGGUGUGACACUUGUGGCCACCGUGUCAUUGAAGAUCCUUCAAGAUGGAGACAACUACGACGGCCUUCUGAAUAUCAUCCACCAACUCCACGAUGUUUUGAUGUCGCUUCCUGUGACGGAGGAUAACGUCCUGCUUCACAUCCAAAUGCUAUGUGAGGCUUGGUGGAAGAAAGGCCUGAAGGAUAAAAAUAAGUUUGGCCACACCGCUUUUGUCAUUGCUUUGAAGAAAAGCUUUGUUUUGAAGAAAUCGGGGACUGAGGUCCAAAGAAUGUGGAGCCUCCAUAAGGUGCUCCUGAAUGUGGACUACACGUCUGAAAGCGGCAAGCACCUUGGCGAGCAGCUGGUUCAGUGUUUCCUAUGUCCUUCCUUCCUGAGAAAUGAAGACGGCAAGCGGUUCAUGGUGUUUCUCUUCAGCUGGCACGUCGACUUCAUCUCACUGAUCCAUGGAACCAUCAAAAAUAAAAUGCAGUUUUUCAAUAAGGUGACUGUAUCACACGUGGCGGAGAUCUACUUCCGAGCGUGGAAGAAGGCCAGCGGCAACUUCAUAGAGAGGAUUGAAAACGAUUGCAUACAGGACUUCAUGAAGUGUGCCAUCCUGUUGAACAGAUCGUCACCCGUCCUCAGAAAAGUCCAACAGAUUAUCUUCUAUUUCCAUAAGAAGAAAAUCUACCCCGCAGUGGAAAAGAUGCUGAAUGUCCUCUACAAACCCAUUCUCUGGAAGCAUCUCAGCGUCCCUAAUUUUGAAGUUCGCGUCAAUGCCACAAUGCUGUUUACGGACGCCUUUCCAAUCAUUGACCCCGAUCAGAAAAUUGAAUCAGCCCUUCAGAAACAGCUUGACAUGCUAAUGGUCCUGCUGUUUGAUGAAAACCCUAGCGUGCGCUGCAACGCUAUUCUGGGCGUUUGCAAGAUCCUCGCCAGGUGCUGGGAGGUGUUGCCGGCAGUGGUUAUCGUUGACUUCCUAAAAAAGUUCAAGGAGCUGGCAAGUGAUUGCAGCUCCGAUGAAGUCCGCUGCACCGUUUUCAUGCAUCUCUGCCUGGUUCUGGACAACGUGCUGAGCCAUCCUGUACUGGAGAAGUUGAUCCCUAAGUUCAAGAACAGCCUCCAUGACAGCUCUGAGAAAGUCCGCGUGGCUUUUGUCGACAUGCUUCUCAAGCUCAAGGCGGUCCGUGCGGCCAAGUUCUGGGAGGUGUGCAGCCUCGACCACCUGGUGGUCCGCCUGGCCUCUGACAGGGCACCUGUGUCCAAGCGCCUCGCCGAGCUGCUAUUUGACACCUUCAUCCCCACCGACGCCACGUCGUCUGAGUGGUGCAGCCGCUGCAUCACCCUCAUCGAGAUGAGCCCAAUCGCAGCCCGGAAGUUCUACAUGUAUGCCGACAUGCACACCACUCCUGAUAAUAUGGUGAAGUUAAUUCUGGCCAUUCGCCGCAUCCUGAACAAAUGCAUUCAAAGCAAUGGCGACAACACUGGGAUUAAUGAUAGUGACAAGGAAAACAGCAUACCUGAGGGCGAGAGUCCUCUGCAACUGGAGAAGGACGUGGUGGCCAGUUUGCUGGAGGUUGUGGCGGUCCUGUGGAAGAGCGUCGACAGGGCCCUCCAGCAAAACGAGGAGACCCAGAAGCACGUGUACGCCAAGUUCGGCGGGGUUAUGAGCAAAUACUUUAUCGCAUUCACGGAUGAGCGAUGCCAGGAGCCCCUCAUGCAGCUGGCUUCCUUCAUGCCCACUAAAGCGGUAGCAACAUUUAGCUAUUCUGUGCUUUCUCGCCUGAGGAAGAUGGAACCCACAGCCUCGCCUUCAUUGUACGGGCAACUGCUGGACUGCAUGUGCAGUUGGGGCAAGACCGCCAGCGUCCUGGAGCUCAUCAAUGAAUGGCUUUCCGAAUCUCUGCCUGAUGAGCAGGGGGAAAAUGCUAAGCGGAAGGUGACCAUUCAGGUAACAGCGGAAGCCAAGCCACACUUAGCGUUGGCGUACUUGGACUACCUGCUCCUUGACCGGUCAGCGCGUAACAAAGUCUUGGCCCUCAGUCAGGGCCCACUAAAGCGCCUCCAUGUGCUUCUAGGGAACUGGAAGUCACGGCUGUACUCUCACCUCAACUCUCCCUUUGCGGACGCAGCCGGCGUAGACAUUGCCCUGAAGGCCUUUGCCUUUCAUGGCCGCCUCAGCACACACCUGCAACACGACCUCUCCGAUGGGCGGGAGUACCUUCUAUCACUUGAGGGAACGGCGGUUUGGGUGGGGGAGAAGGUUCUUCCCUUUCUGGCUGAUGGUCGCCAGGGAGACGGCGAUGAAGAGGUGGAUCAGGCGAGAGCGUUAGCAGCAGAGAUAAUCAAGACAUUCCUGACAGUAUGCAGGGACGUGGUUCUCUGUUUGAACGAUGACAACUUCAGAGGUCACGUUUUGCACCUGUGUUCACUCGUAGUGCUAUCAGAAUCGGGCUACUUAUGCUUUCCCGCCGUUCUGAUGGUUCUGAAAGAGUUGACGGCAAGUUACUCCAUGAAUGGCAACAAGCCAGAAGGAGAUGAGCAGGAUGCCGCCACCCAGUGUCUGGCUGUGGUAGCGAACAUAUUCCAGAAGAUCAUGGAACUUUUGGCUCGCAGACUUAAAAAACAGCCAGAGGAAGCUAAACAGAUGUGCCAGUCAGCUUUGAGCGGUCUUGAUGACUUCCUGCUAAUGGCUCAAGCCUGUGACCUCAGUGGGGUCUUCGACACCCUUUUCGCCAUCAUCAUUGUGGAGAUCAGAUAUGCCCUCACAAAGAUGACGCACCCUGAAGAGGUAAUCACUCCAAAAACCGAAGAGGACAUGCCUCCGCUUUCCGGCAACCUGCUGUCUGUCAUCCUCAAGUCUGCGCUGGUCACCAGGGCCCUUUUGGCUGAGGUUGUCAGGUCGCUGGACUCUGAUGCCUUCAACACUCUCACUGAACUGGCAGCUGUUGUGCACAUCUUGGCGGUCCUAAAACACGGGGGACAGUCCAAUGAGUGCUUAAAGAGAGCCGCUCUAACCUUGCAGCAACAGAUAAGCACACACGCAAACACAGACAACGAUAUCCAAGGGGUCAUUUACCAAUUGUCUAUGACGACGCUGGAUGAAAUCCUGGCACAGUGGGCAGACUGA